CUCACUCUGCCUACCACCUACGUCUACUUCUUCACUUGUAGUCUGUGAGGAAACCAAUGAGCACCUCCAAUGGCUACAUGUGCCUUACAUUCAAAACUGUUCUCUGUUCCUGUUUUAAUCUCGUCAAUGGAUCAUAAAAAAAGGAAGUGUGACUGACUGGAAAUGAGAAUGCAGGACAAAGCGGAUGGGGAUUCACAUGAGAAAUCAAUGGGGGAGUUCAGCGAUGAACAUGUUCAGCAGCCUCAAGAUGACAGGAAAGCAGUGCAGAGGAGAACAUUCACCAGGUGGAUGAAUGCUUUGCUGCAGAGAUGUGAUCCUCCAGUUGAAGUGCACGACCUGUUCACAGACAUUCAGGAUGGCAGGAUACUGAUGGCUCUGCUGGAGGAGCUGUCUGGAUGCAAACUACUCUACAGGUAUAGGUCAUCCUCUCACCGCAUUUUCAGACUGAAUAACAUUUCCAAGGCCUUGGCUUUCCUGGAUGAUAGACAUGUGAAGCUGCUUGGCAUAGAUGCCUCUGGGAUUGCUGAUGGCGUCCCUGCUGUUGUUCUUAACCUCGUCUGGAACAUUAUCCUGCAUUUCCAGGUAAAGGAGGUUACAGGAGGCCUCCAGAGGCGUUUGUCUUCAAGCCUCUCUUCCUUAUCGAUGAACAGUCAUCCUUCCUCCAGUGACCUCUCACCUGAGCCGAGGGACUUUAGCAGCCAUUCCUGCAGUCCAACGCCAAGCAAAGGCAGAAGAGCCACAAGAAAGCCAAAGUAUCAUGGGAAAGCAUUAAAGACUCUCCUGCAGUGGGUCCAAGGAUGCACAUUGAAUUUUGGGGUGGAGGUGCUUGAUUUUGGGAAGAGUUGGAGGAGUGGGCUGGCGUUCCUCGCUAUGAUUAAGUCAGUAAACCCAUCCUUGGUUGACCUGAGGGAGAGUUUGACUAGAGAGCCAAGAGAAAACAUUCAAUUGGCUUUCAAUACAGCCCAUUACAGUCUGGAUAUACCACCUCUGCUGGAGCUUGAAGAUGUGUUGUGCUCUUCACCUGAUGAGAAGUCCAUCAUCACCUAUGUGUCCAUGUUUCUGGUGCAUUGUUCGGACAUAGAGGAGAACAAUGCCUCAGAUGUUGAAGUUCCUGCGAUUCCACACUUUGGAUCACUUGAGUCUGUCACUUUUGGAGAGAUCAAUGCCGAUGAGCCAGAAGCCAAAGCUCUGCUUAUAGGCUUUGAGAAGAGCACCGAGCAGCAGCUAUGGAAACAAUGGGCCAGAAGACACUUACUUCACACAAAUGGCGCAGUGACUCCUGACCUCUCCUCCAGUUGUGGUGACAUCUUUUCAACCUGUCACAGCCAAAGCACCACUGAACAACCAGCAGGCAGUCCUGAAACCUCAGCAUUCACCAAAAAGAGAAGCAAAUAUCGAAGUGUUUUCAAGCCACCCAGUCCGCUGGAUGCAGGCGUCGUCAGCCUGGAGAUCCGAUCAUGGAUGGACGAAGCAUCUGGAGGUCAAGGCUACAGCAAGCAAAAGGCAGGUGAAAGUCGCUUUUCUCUGAGCUCUGAGGAAGGAGUCUACAACUUGUCAGCACUGGACUCAGAUGAGGAGGAAGCCUACAGCUACAUCCUGGAGCUGAAUGAAGAGGAUUUCCAACCAAAUGAUCAGCUAACAAGGAAAGUACCAAGGGUUGAAGAGGAAACUGCAGAAGAAAUGUUCUUGAACGGACAGCUGAGUGAAGAGUCCAAACCUCUGGAAGUUCAUGAGAAUCCAAAAGCCAAUGGAUAUAAAGACCAAGAAGUCCUUCUCAAACAAAACGUUGAAUUGGAUAAGUCAGAGGCUCAAAGGGAGUGUGAUUGGGACAAAAAUGACAGAUGUUCCAAAGAGAUUGCAAACAAUGGAUCAGUGUUAGCCAUGCAGUCAGAGAAAGAUAGAAAAUGCAGAAAGGGAAAGAAAGAGGACAGAGUUGUUGGACAAAGUGAUGGACGUGGUGAAUAUUGUGGGGAAGACAGGAGGAAGGAGAAGUCAGAUAGUGCUUAUUUGAUGACACAUGGUGUCUAAACCGAGGUUUUGAAUGAUGAAAUAAAGGAAACAAAUCUUUCUGAGGUUGAGAAGGCAACUGAGAGAGGGCUUUAUGAAAGAUGUGGACAAGUGGGUGAAAAGAGAUUUGGAAAGGAAGAAAAAGACAAGGAAAAAUAUACAAUAUUUGAAGAAAGGAAGUACAGAAAGGAGAGGAGGGAAAAGGAAGGUAAUAAUGUGAAGGACCAAGAGAAGGGAAAUCAACCAACUGUUUUCAAUGAAGAAGGUUUCAAGGUAAAUGAAAACACAUUAGUUGACCAGCCUGAAGUCAAAGGAGCUGCUGCAACUAGAAUUAACACAGAAGAAGACAAUGGCAGCAAGGAGACCCCGACAGUGGAAGAUUUGACUUCUCAAGAUGAAAACAAGAAAGAGUACAGGGAUAAAGUCAAACAUUUGAUUGAUGCUGAGGAAGUUUUAACCAAAGAAGAAAAAGACAUGGAACUUCAGGUCAAGAGACGAACACUGUCUGUUAAGAAGGCAACAAUAAUGGACCACCGUGGUAAAACUCCCCCCCAAAAUGACACUAAUGGAGGGGUCCAUAAUGAUGACAAAGGUUGGACUCCUGCUGACAGUGCAACUUCUCAGUCAUUCAGAGGUGCAGGAUCUACUCUUCGAUCUCUAGCGGCCUCAUGUGGCACAACCCCAUUAGAGCUGGAAAUGCUCUUGGUCCUGUGGAUCCUGCUCUACUGCUGCUUCAUCCUGCCCCAAAUCAACCUCUGAUCCCAUAGCAGUGCAUCGUCCUUAUUAAGACGUGCUGAUUCUCCCGGUUCCCAUUAGUGUGCCAAGCAGAGACACUUCGGGUGGAAUCUUUAUCUGUGUCACUUAAUUUCCCUCAAGGCACCUUAAUGAUUUUUUGUUUCGUACUGGCAGCAGAAAUUAUUUGUCAUCUGGUUGUUAGUUUCAGACAAACACAUAAUCCUGUUAAACCAUUUAUAACACACUUUUUCAGCUACUUUGGUCUUAAAGUUCACAAAUGAUUAGACAUGUUUUGUGGGGUGUUUGUUCUAAAAUGCUCUGUUUAUUUGAUGUAUUUAGCAGAAAUAGUCUUUUUGAUUUCAGUUGAUGUUAUCAUCCACAGGGUGGCAUCGCAGCAUCGCAGCAGCUCUCUCAAAUGACAGACUCUUUUAACAACAUUGUGUUUACUGCUGAGAAUCCCAUAUGAGCUGCUGUUUAAUUAGACGCUGUAUUGACAUGGUGAGAUUAAUCUCAUAGUAUUUAAUGAGCACUUUGACAUUUGGCAGUCUGUCACUGUGUCACUGGUGGCUUUGAAUGUAAACUGUUUCAUUGUUUUUUAUGUCCCAGAUAGGAUAUAAUAGUUAGACUUGGCUUUUUUCCAUUACAUUUUCUGUGAGAUAUGAAUAAUAAAGCAGAUACUGUAUCUGGGUAAGAGUUUGGUUCUUCCCAUGAGAUAGACCCAGCCAUGUAAAUCAUCAACCAUUGAUAAUUGAGGGUCACCCUCAUUAACUAUGAUGCAGUGAAUACAUAUAUAAAUGACAAACAAAUGAGUUAAGCUACCACAGGAAAUACAAAUCAAUAAAAGAGCAAUAACAACAAUAAAAUAUAUAUUAUGAAAUUAAAAAUGAUUUAAAAGGCUUCAAAUUACUAAAAUGAUUAGUCAACAAUAAAAAUAAAAUCAAACAGUUACAGGGAGGUAUUGGGCAGUUAAAAAGAAUCAAAGUGACCAAGAGGGAUAAAAGUGCUCAAUUUCAGGUGACGUUGUAAAAUAUUCCAAGCAGUUUUUCCGAGUUAAGUCUUAGCAUGAGGAACUAA